UGUUGAUUUGCUGCCCAUCUGUUUAACUAUUAAUUCGUAACCUCGUUCUUAUUUCUCUGAUCAUCUAUGCAAGUUUUGGGAUUCGGAACCCUGUCGCUUUUAUGGGAUGCCUUUUGCGUUCCAGUUGUACAGUCAGCUCUCAGAUUGUUUUCAGCGAAAUAAUUAUAAAUGAAAUUAGGGCUUUGAUUAGUGAAUAGUAAAUUUGUUUUUCACUCUUUCUUUUCUGUUUCCUGAUUGUUAAAUUAAUUGUUGGAUCAGCGCUGCAGGAAAUUUCAAACGCUUCGACGACGAACCAUAAUGUUUGCGAGCUAUUUUGAAUUAUCUUAUCCAAUUGAUUUUUAGGAAAUUUGGGUCUGAAUGUGUUGAUAAGUACUUUUUAAUUUAGGACUUAGAGGUUGCUGGAAUUUGCAGGGAUACUUAAGUAGCUUGGAAUUAGGGGAUAUAGAAGCUGUAGAAGCUUAAUCGGAUUGCACUAGAGGAUGAGUACUGCAAGUAGUAACUUGGAGGUGAUAGUGGAAUACUUUGGUUCAAGGAUGAGAUAAACGUAGAUUGGAUAGAGGCAGAGAAUAUUAGGAUAAUUUUUACAGAAUGCCAGUCUCCCUUCUGGUCUGAGCCCUACUAUAUGCCUUUGUGGGCAUGAGAGAACCCUGCAUUCAUACUGAGCCCUAGUGUACGCUGGCAAGGUGGCAGAGACCUCUGUAUUUAUAUGCCAUUCACACAUGGGUAUCCCAAAAAUGUGUCAUUGGGACCAUGGAAUGUUCUAAACUCUAAUUUUACCAGGUUGCGCUAUGUACAAGGCCAAGAAAUCACGGUGCCUCUUCCAUGUGAGUUAAUGCCUCUAUUUGGGCCAAUACGAUGGGGAUUUCCAUAUCUGACUGGAAUAAUAAAAUUAGUCUGAUGCCUAUGCUUAUACAGAAAACCAACCUGGAGGUGGAUGGCAAUCUUGGCUAGGGACAAAGUCUGUACUUUGUGGAAUAUGUUGUCCUCCUCAGGGACAAGACAAACAUUUCUGCCUUCUCCUCAUUGCCCUUAGCUCAUCAUCGAUCUAAUUAAGCUUAAGGUCGUUUCAUCUAUCCAUAAGGAUCCAACUCUAGGUUGAGCAGUUAUUGGUGACCUUUGGCACAAUAGAUGCCUUGGUGGUGCAGGACCAAAAGAUGAUGAUAAGGAAAAAGAAAAAGAGAAGAAAUAAGGGGAAAGCAGAUCUGACAACAGCAGCGGAAGAAGAAGAAGAAUUAGAGAAGUUAAAGAAAACCUAGAAAAGGGAUUAGAAACUGAAGAAUUAGAGAAGAGAGGAAGAUAAUAUAGAAAAAGGGGAAGGAAAAGUAUUAGAGAAGAAAGGAAGAUAAUCUAGAGAAGGGAUUGAGGGGCCAUCGGCCCCUUUUGGAAGUUCUCAGCCCUUGCCUGAAUUUUUUCAACAUUGCUGGCAUCUAAAAUUGAAAGGAUUCUUUGAUCUAUUGGUUAGAGAAAGAUGAUAGAUGCUUCUUUAACCCUUGACCUGGCACAUUUUAUCAACCCAUCAAGACUAUGAUGAUAUGUGAAGGGAAUAUUUCCAUGACCCAAGGUCCAGAAAUUAUGCUUGCUCAUUUCUCUUUAUUUUACAUAUAUUUCCUCCAUAAAUUUUAAUUGAUGUAUUUUUUUAUUAUUUAUUGUCAUUUAUAUAAUAAAACAAAGAAACUACAAAACUAGCUUAUGGCAACACCUUAUAUCUUACAUUCUACGCCUUACACACCUACAUGCUUAUAUCUUACAUACCAACACACUUAUUUUUUUCACACAUACACACUUAUUUCUAGCAUAAGCUCUCAAUAUAUCUUACACACAUUUUCACUUAUUUCUAUCACACUUUCACACUUCUCUUUCCAUUUUUUUAAUGGUAGGGGCAAUCCCUGGGUAGGGGUCCUUGUUGGUGGCAGUGCUCACAUGGCAGUCCAAGAAAGAGAAGUUCAGGGACUAGGAAAGGGGUGACCUAGGUGUAGUAGCAAGAGGGGAUGAAAUCUCAACUGUGGCAUUCUUGCUUUGUUUUUCAGAUGUCUUGUCCUGUAUGGGAGGCACACUGUCAUUUUGAAGUUUGAACCAUUGUUCAAUUUCCCACAUCUGCUUGUAUCCAGAAUUGGGAUCCCCAAUGAUCAAAAUAUAUUAUACUUCCCAUUGUUGUCCAUUGUCCCACUUGAGAGCACUUAUGAGUCCCAUGUCAACCUUAGUUAAAACUCGUAGUAACAAAGAAUUUUUUUUUGUAAACUUGGCUCUAAUACCAUCUUUCUUUUACUUUAUGAAGGUACAAGCCAAACAGAAUGAAAAAGCAAAUGAAACAUGAAUAUGGAGAAAGGGAUAUGACAUUGUGGAAUGGUUUGCGUUCUUUAAAAAUCAGUCAUGUAAAGCCACAUUAGACUUUUUGUCCAACAAUCACAUGCUUGUUUCAAGUUUCAACUAAAUUGUGAUAUAUCUUUCAACAAGGACAAAAGCAAAAUGACUUUCUCUAACACAGCACAAGAGCCAUUUAUCUUGCAAAAUCUCGAGCAACUUUUUAGUUAACAUAGCAAGAAGCUGCAUCAUUAGGAUUUUUGAAUUUGGUAUUGUGGGGCAACUUCCACAAUACAAAAUGUUCACAUUACUGGUGAUGCGUAGUGGGUUCUGUGAGUCAACCUUGUUUUGAUAUCUAACCCUCCUUUAUAUAAUGUUUGAAAAUAUAUAGCUUUGUGAUAUUUUUGACAUGUACUUUCUUUUAAGUGAAGGAGCAACUGAAGAUUGGUGUUGAAAUCAUACAAUUGCUAACAAACCCAGCCAAGAUGCCCUUCUGCCUCAUGUUGACAACCAACCAUAAUCUGUCAUGAAAUAGUUGAUGAAGAAAACACUAGACAACUCGGAAUGGUGGUGCUAAUGGUUAGUUCCCUGGCAGGGGGAAAAUUGUGGGAUGUGCCUGCCUAGAAGGCUAAAGAUGCUGAGCAGUAAGUAUUUCAGUGUUUAGGUGUCAACCGAGGUUUUAAGAUGAGCUACCUGCAUUUGGAUGAUAAGAAGAGAUUCUGGGAUCUAUAAGGUUUCCUUCAUAACAGGUUAUGAACCAACAACAUAUCAAUCCGUAUCACACUAUGUGAGAUGGCUACUCGGUCAACCCGGUUGAGGAGACCACCUCCCCAGCAACAGCCAGAACAACAGUCAAGGGCAAAGUGGACAACACCCCUGACUAAGAUACUUGUAGACUUGAUGGUCGAGCAGGUUCACAAGGGGAAUAGACAAAACCAUUCUUUUGGUAAGAAAGCAUGGAAUUCCAUUAGUGAUGAUUUCUGCCAGAAAACAAGUCUUAAAUGGGAUAAAGAACAGUUGAAGAACCGGUAUGCUGUCUUGAAGAGGCAGUAUGGCAUUGUGAAGUUGCUUCUUGAUCAAAGUGAGUUUAUGUGGGAUGAAGCCACAGGCACCAUCUUGGCUGAGGAUGAAGUUUGGGAGAGAGUCCUUAAGGAGCAUCCUGAUGCCGAGACCGUGAGAAGUUCUGGCUGUCCAAUCUACAGACAACUGUGCACAAUAUUCUCAGAACGAGGGUCAAAUGGGCUACACAAUGGAUCAGCUGAAGCGGAGAUUUCUCUUGCAGAACCGUUGACCAUGUUCAAGAAGGAGCCCACAUCAGAAUCAGAGGAUGCGGCUGAUAUGGAAGACGAGCAGGAUAAUUUGCAAAGCUCAGCCCCUUCGGGCGUUGCUUGUCGUAAGAGAGGGCGGAAGGGGAUUGAUGAUGUUAUUGCAAGUGCCAUACUGGAGAUGGCAGCAGCUUCAAAGCUGAGGACAACUGCCAUUCAGCAAUACAAUGACAGAUUCUCCAUAACAAAUUGCGUCAGGGUUUUGGAUGAAAUGCAAGGCGUCGAAGAACAAGUCUAUUAUACUGCUUUGGAUUUGUUUGACAAUCCUAAUGCAAGGGAAACAUUUUUAUCGCUUCAAGUCGGCAAGCGAUUGGCUUGGUUGUGUAGUAAGUGUUCUGCCUUUGCUAGUUUUGUUCAAUCAUAAGUUACCUGCGUGUGUUGUGAACAGCAGCAGGUCGAACUAGGAGAAACCUGUAAAUUCUCUCUGCCUUAGGCUAUUUAAAGAUGCAUUCUAUUU